UGGGGGAAGGGGACUCCUGCAGAGUCAGACUCUGUCCUGAACAGGAAUCACUGCAGGUCUCACUCAGGGACCCAAUACCUGGAUCCUGUGCCACGGGGCCCUAGGAAGUGGAACCCAGAUUCUGUUAUUUAGUAACAAUUUCUGGCACCAUGUCAGAUCCAGGAACUAAAUCUGCCACAGUGUACCCAGCCCAGUGCCCGCAGUGCCAGGAGCUGUUCUCAGAUCCACGAAUCCUGCCCUGUCUGCACACACUGUGUAUCAGCUGCCUGAACAGACUGGAGCCUUUCAACACCAAUGGUAAGCUGGCACAGGGGGCGAACCAGAGUAUCCUGUGCCCAGUGUGUGAUUCUGAGGUGGCACUGCCCCCUGGAGGGGUAAUGGAGUUGGUACCAGACAUGCUGGCACAGGAAGAGGUGCUGCUGGCACUGUAUAGGAGUGGAGACCACGAGUUGGCAUGUGACCUCUGUGGGGAGGGCAGGGCAGAGAAACGAUGCCAGGACUGCAAGGUUAACAUCUGUGAAUUCUGCUGCCAGGCACACAGACGGCAGACACGGACAACAAGACACCUGCUCCUUUCAUUGCAGAACUUGCCCCCUGGCCUCUCGCUGUCCCCGGUGCCAUGUUGUAAUCUGCACCCUCUGGAGGAGCUGUGUCUGUUCUGUGAGCCCUGCUCGUUACCCUGCUGCCGGGACUGUGCACUUAUCAAACAUCGGGGACAUGUGGUCCGUCCCGUGUCUGAGGUUGCAGGGAAGCAUCGAGAACAGCUUCAUAUGGCCCUAAAGGAUGCAGAGCCUCAGCUUCGGGAACUAGAGGCUGCAAUGCAAGGAGUGCAUAGUGUUAAGGAAGCCAUGCAUCGGAGAGCUGAGGUUCUUCAAGGAGAGGUCGAGGCCUUUACUGAGAAAUAUAUCCGUGCUGUACGUGAGCACAGGUCCCGGCUACUAAGGGACAUAGAUGAAGCCAUAAGGCGGAGGCAGCAGACACUCAGUUUGCAAGAAGCCCGGAUACAGCAGCAAAUUUCAGACCUACGCACGGCCACAGGAUUCACUAAAGGCCUACUAGACAGAGGGCCAGACUUGCACUUCAUACGGACCAAAACCCUCGUGUCAAACCGUAUCAUGGAGCUGGUCGUGAGAGACCAAAGGAUGGCGGAGAUGGAAGAGGCCACAAACAUUCAAUUUAGCCCUCAGGAAGAGGCAGGACAAUGCCAAGGGUACCUGAUGUAUGGGGCAGUUAAAGGCCGCGGAGUUGAUCCAGAGAAGAGUGAGAUCCGGGGAGUCCGGAUUGCCAAGGUGGGGGAGGUCAGCAAUUUCAAGUUAAUCUGUAAUGAUACAUCAGGAAAUUCCAUGAGGUACGGAGGGCAAUGUCCCAGAGUCAGCAUCCUGCACCAGGGCACCGAAAGAUCACUCCAACCCUCGAUUUGGGAUAAGCAUGAUGGCUCAUAUCACAUCUCAUACACUCCCACUGCGCCGGGGGAGCUGCUAGUAAGCGCGUUGGUAAAAGACCGCCACGUACAGGGUUCUCCAUUCACUGUAACUGUGAAGGGCAAAUCUCAGCAGCACCCUGGGAUCUAUCAUUGCUGCUCAUUCUGCUCAAGUGGAGGACAAAAGGAUGCCCGAUGUGGGUGUGGAGGGUCCAUGCCAGGUGGGUAUAAGGGCUGUGGUCAUGGUCACAAAGGUCACCCUGGGCACCAUCAUUGGUCAUGUUGUGGAAGUACUGUGGAGAAAUCUGAGUGUCCGGGUGCCAAGGACACAGCUCCCCACAAUCUCCUCCGGACUGUUGCCUUGUGAAGGAUAAAAAAUGACAGACAGUAUUAUCGUCCAUGUUCCCACAGGAAGCAGACGGGGCCUUCCCAAUGGACAAUAACGAGUAACACUCACUGCUGCAACAAACACUCCGCCACAUUAAAACACACUCAUCACAGAGCACUGCAGUCUGACAUUUACCCGUCAACUUCUGCCUGCAGCAGCUAUUACGUGUGCCUUAUUUUAUCCAUUGUACAGAGUGGCACUAUAUGAACAAUUGUAAUGGCAGCGGGUCUGUUAUUUAGAAGAAGUGCCUUAUGACUAAGCAGACUGUAAAAAAAUAACCUUGCCAUAGGACAACCGCCAUUCCUUAUAUGAUCUAUUUAGCAUAAUUACUCAACUAUAAAAUGUUAUUUUCUCUUUCUUUAAGCCAAAAUCAGGGUGAGGGUAUUUAUUAGGGUACCAUUCAGCAUGUGAUCCAAAAGGGUUUUAAUUCUGUGUGUGCCUGGAUUUACCGAAUCACUUGACAAUUGUUCUUUUUUUUCUUUUUUUACCAGCACACAGACACUUUUAAACAAAAUGAACAAACCAAUAUGACGCAAGAUAAACUUUGAAAAGUUUGUAAUAAACAUUUAUAAAUUUACUAUAAA